AUGCGAUCACCCUCAGUCAAACCCUCGGCAUACCCGCCGUUGCCAUUUCAUCUCAUCCGCUUCCUGAUCUCUCUCUCCUCAAUCGUGGUGGGCGUGAUCUUGGCGGUGUUUACCUACCACCUCCACGCCGAUGGCUACAAACUACCAUAUUCAUUCCUCGUGCUCUUCGUCUCAGCAGGCCUCUCCCUCCUCAAUAUCUUCCUAACAUCAGUAAUCCACUGCAGCUGCGGGCUAUCAACAAAACUCUCCAUCUCACUCAACAUCCUCCUAACAAUCCUCUGGGCGCUAUCCCUGGGCCUUCUGAGCUGGAGCUUGGCAAGCACCAUAACAACAUCCUGCACAACCACCUACUGGGGCAAUUCGACCGGCAUCGCCGUGUGCCGGAGCUACAAAGCCCUCUUCACAUUCAACGUUAUCGGCCUGGUCAGCUACAUCGCAGCGGUCUGGCUGGACGUGAUCGUGCGCCGUCGCCAGACCCGUCUCGGCGCCUACGACGCCAUGGGAUCCCACCCAGGUCUCGAUGACUCGGGCGCUUUCGACGUCAAGAUGGAUGACCGCCACAACGAGUCCACCCCCGCCUUGCACGAUUAUGAUAACGUGCCCCCUGCGAUGUCCGGUGCCCAUGGUCCGGCGCAUGCGGAUACUGGUGAGGCACAGAAUUAUUAUGAUACUGCGCCUGGCAUGAGUCACCGUGGUGCGCCUAGGGUGCGCUUCAGUUCUUAUGAUCAAGAUGGACAUCAGAGGCCGGCUGAGAAUACUGGGUAUGAUCCUGCUAUGUAUCGCUGA